AACUCAGGUACGCGUGUGCGUGCGCAUGCUUAGUUCUUUUUUGUUGUCGUUCAUGUGUGCUCAUGUAUCACUACUUUGUCAGAGGUGGAUCAGAACAACAACACUGACAGAGAUGAAGAGAAAAGAGAGAGGGCAACAAAGACAAAGGACGAGGUGAAAGAAUCCGAGGAUUCAAAGGAGACAAACAGGGCGACCAAAACACUAAAAAGUAACAUCAUCAUCAUCAUCAUCAUCAAGACAUCAGCUCUCUGACCUUCCUCAGAGCUAUAUAUUCAAAAUGUACUCUUGUUCUGUAGGGAUGCAUUUGCUGGAGGCUUCGGCUCAGGAGACCGAGUCGCUGGUGAGGGUAUCGAGUCUAAAGAAAACAACAUGUGACCUCAGCGACAUCGACGAGGAACGCGGGUCACGGGUCACGUCAUCGUCGGUCUCUGAGCUCUGCGAGUCCGUGGCUCAGGAGGACACGGUGGUCCCUUCUGGGACCUCCUUUCUCUCCUCAACUUCGUCAGUGUCAAUGGAGGAUGUACAGAGGUUUGCUUUCUCUCCAGCUCCGAGAGACGUAACCAUCCGGUGCCGGAUCACCAGAGACAGGAGCGGCGUGAUCAAAGGCUUUAACGUGAUUUACUGUCUCCACUUGGAGAAGGAGGAUGGAAAUAGGGUGAGUGACGUUUAA